CGUUUGGUUUUCAUACUUUGUAUUGACACUUGUCCCGGGUUAAUCUGUGCAGAGCAGAGCUACGGGGAGGUGAACCAGAGCUACGGGGAGGUGAACCAGCUCGGCGGCCUCUUCGUUAACGGCCGCCCGCUGCCUCACGCGCUCCGGCUGCGGAUCGUGGAGCUCGCGCAGCUCGGCAUGCGGCCCUGUGACGUCAGCCGACAGCUGCGCGUGUCUCACGGCUGCGUUUCCAAGAUCCUGGCCCGGUACCACGACACCGGCUCCGUCCUGCCCGGAGCCAUCGGAGGCAGCAAGCCCCGGGUCACCACCCCCGCCGUGGUCCGCAGCAUCCGGGACUACAAGCAGGGAGACCCGGGCAUCUUCGCCUGGGAGAUCCGGGACCGGCUGCUGGUCGACGGCGUGUGUGACAAGUUCAACGUCCCGUCUGUGAGCUCCAUCAGCCGGAUCCUCAGGAACAAGAUCGGGGCCUUUUCUCAGCAGCAUGAGGGCAAACAAGGCCCGGGGCCGGUCCAGUACGGACCCGUUUACUCGUACUCCUCCUAUGCGGGGGCAGCAGGGACUCACACCGGGACUACCGCAGCAGGGCAUGCGGGACUACCCCGGACCUGGACCAACAUCCUGGGUAUCAGAGCCCUCAUGGAGCCGACAGCUCUGUCUGGAUGUGACGGACAUGCAGCCAAAAUGGAGGACUGGACCAGUAUGACCAGUAUGAGAGCGAUUCCCUCUGGAUUUAACAUACUGGAGAAAACCGGCGAGCAAGAGCUGAAAUACACACAUCAGUCUGCGUCCAGUCUGCCCAGUUAUGUCUCAGCGUGUGCGUAUUCUCCAGCUAACCAGUACGGCCUGUAUGGAGCUCCAGCAGCAAACUACAUGAGCACUGGACCCCGCUGGCAGCCUCAGUCCUCCAGUAUAACUCCCAGUAUAACUCCCAGUAUGAGUCCCAGUAUGAGUCCCAGUCUGACUCAGAGUCCGUCUCCACUGGAAGCUGCAGAUUUCCAACCUGCACCACCUUUUAAACUCCCACAGAGCCACGACGAAAGGAAACCUCAGACACACGUGUACAGACGUCACCAUGCUGCUCACAGAUUAUCUCCAGCGUCGUGACAACUCUGAAAAAAACUCAAGGAGACGAUAUGAAGCUGACGGACUGUCUGGUUUUUAUCUCGGAGGAGGGACGAGGCAGAGUGACUCUCAUGGCUCCAGAGCUAACGUGCUAACAGAGCAGCAGGAGACACGUUCACGACCGACUGCUUUUAGGACGUGUGGUGAAAGAAACAUUUACUCCAUAUGCAUGCAGAAAUGUAAAGUCAAACUAAGAAACAAUAAAUAUACUCUUGUACUUUUUAACUUUCCAUCUUAAACAGAAAUCCUUUAAAGAAAUUAUUGCAUAUAUUAGGAGGUCGUUUUAUUUCCUUUCUUGCAGUGAGAUGUUCACAUCAUUGCCGCUCUCAUUUUUGUGGGUUCAAUAUGAAGCUACAUCUAACAGGCCGCUUACCUUAGCUUAGCAUAAAGUAUGUGGGAACAGCUAGCUGUGCUUUGAUACCCAGCGCAUAUCUGGAACCAGAUCUUUGUUCAUGGCUCUCGCCCAGAAAAAAAACGGGUUCCAGAGUUGCACAAACCCCUUGCUGAUUUACGUCAGGGGCGGGGACUUAUCGUUACCAAAAUCAAACCACACAAAACGUUUGUUGUGACCGCCAUUUUUUUUUACAGCAGCUUGUGAGUUCCCCCUAAAAUCUUUGAAAAGAAGCUUUAACGGACAUCAAGGUUUAGCAGCAGUCGUCUGAGGAGGAAACUGCACUUAGCUUGGAUCAUGUUGUAAAAUAUAUCUGUGAGGCUGUAAAUAUUAUUUUGUAUUAAAGUGCUUAAUAAAGACAUGCAGUGGUUAAA